AUAGUGAGUGCACUAGACAUUGUCAGUGUUCGCUCGACAAUGUUGAGCUCAACUUUGAUUUUGUGCUCCGUGAUUGUUUGCAUUACAGCUACCAGUGACUUUUGUUGGAAAGACUCGUAUACACGUGGAGUCGGUAAAGUGCCGGCACGUUGCGCUGAAAAUCAAGUAGGAAUCGGUCUAUUCUGCUACGACAAUUGUCCAGCCGGUUACAGUCGGUUCGGGUUCGACUGCCACACAGAUUGCCCGGCAGACUUCCGUGACGACGGCCUGUUCUGCCGUCAUGCCGAGUACGGACGAGGUGUCGGUUAUCCAUGGAAAUUCGGUGAUCCGCUGAGUGACAGACACAUGUGGGCGCGUUGUCUACGCGACCACCCCGAGGGCUGUGAGAAGCAUCUCCUCAUAGUCUAUCCGAAAUGUGCGCCUGGGUAUUGGGCCUUUGGCUGCUGCAUCUGCCGCCCCUCUCAGCCCGACUGUCCCGCUCUUGGACUCAAUCGUGGAAUCGAUCUUUCCUGCGCCAAACGAAUCAUCAUCGGCAAACCACAAAUUGGUGUUUGUGAAGCUGAUGAAGAGCUGGAUGCAGGGCUGUGUUACCCCAAGUGCAAGCCUGGCUACUAUGGGGUUGCCUUCGUCUGCUGGGCCGAGGCUCCAUCAAACUGGGUCAACUGUGGUAUGGGAGCUGCCAAAAGCUCCGGCUCAUGCACAUCAGCAAUUAUAGGACAAGUAGCAUCUGUUGGUCAGCUUGCUGUGGGCAUUGCAACCGCGUUCGCUGCUAGUGGUAUUGCCAAACUGACGGCUCCAGCCGAUGCUCAGAGACUGUCAAAAUUAAAGAAAGCUUACCAAUCAAUCAAAGAUAACGAAGAAGUGAAAUUGGCUCUUGCAAACUACGAGCGGCUUAAUAAGUUAAAAAAAGGGUACGUUGCUAUUGAAACUGCUUUGGAAGGGACAACGGUUGAAGAUGAAGCUCGCUUAGCUGCCAUCAUUAUAUCCAUUACUGAGCCAACUGGCAUAUCAAGCGUGGUAGGUGCUUAUACUUACCCUCUAUGCAGUAAAAUAGUUCAACAGCAACACGAAAAUUCGAUUGUGAAACUAUCAAAAACAGAAUAGCCUGGCUAAACAUUUUAUGUGAUGUACCAUUGUAGCACAGACAAGAGGCUGGACAUUAUACUGCAUAAUUAUAAUUACAAGUACGCUAAAAUUUAAAUCGAGUGUAUAAAAAUGUUGGGCCUGCACUCUUAUCAUUACAGCAGAAAAAUUAUAUUUUUUUUAUAAAUUAAUAAUAUAU